AUGACUAUAGCGGCUAAUCGACAAAUUGUUAGUUCUUCACCCCAAGGGACUAAAAGUUCGGUUUCUCAUCAACAUCGAGAGUUUUGUAAUGAUGAUCGAGUCGAGGUAGAAAAUGGGAACCGGGACUCAUUCCGAGAACAGUUGGAUGAUAACCGGAUUCUCAUGUCAUCAUGGCUACAAAAACGUUCUCAUAAGACCCAUCAGUGGCAGAAAAGAUGGGUGGUGUUACGCAAUUGUCAACUUAGUUACUAUAAAGACAGUUCUGAACAUAAACCAAGUUGCGUUAUCAAUAGAGCCAAUUUAUUAUCGUAUUCUGCCAUACGGGAUAAUAAUAACAAACACCAUUUUGCCAUCUACACCAGUAACAGAGGAAUCCAUUGGAAAACAGACGAUCAAAAUACUUAUAAUCAAUGGAUAAAUGCUUUAGAAUUAUUCAUUCAACAACAUGAUGACGGUAAUGAAAAUCCAACAACGGAAUCUCGCAUAAUUCCUGCUAAAGACUAUCAUUUCACUAAGCCAAAUGCAUUAACAGAAUUGGAUUUAUCAUCAAGUGAAGAUCAGUAUUUCUCUUCUGGAUUUGAUUCACCAAUGUCCUUGAGAGACCAUCAAGAACCAACUUUUGCUCCUUCUCCCAUAUUAUUGGAACACCCAGAGGAAGAAGAAACAUCAAGUUUACCCAAAUCGUCCCCUGUACCAACACCAAAGACAAAUAUUGGUGGAUCUGAUGAAUACAUCAUUGAACAAGGUUAUCUUCUAAGACUCCGUAAAAGAUAUAACCAAUGGCGUAAAUUUUAUAUCAUCUUAACCAAUGAAAACAUAUCAUUUCACAAAAAUAAUUUGGAUUUAUCAAAACCUUAUAAGGUAAUCCCAAUACAGGAUAUUGUGGAUGUUAUCGAGUUAGAUCCUUUAUCAAAAACUAAAAAUUGGUGUCUACUCAUUAUAACCCCAGAGAAACGUUUACGGUUUUGUGCUGAUUCUGAAGAGGAAAUGAUUAAAUGGCUUUCAGCUUUGAAAACUCUUGUUCUAAAAAGACGGGGUUCCCGAACUAGUGUUUGUUAA